CGCAAACUGAGUAUAGCGACCAAUUGCACAGACAAGCUGACGCGUCGUGGAGAAGUGCAGGUACAUGUACAGUUAUCAGAUCAACGGAAAACUGUGAGAAUUUAUGCGGCAUCUCUCUGUCCGGGAAAUAGCCGUAGCUGACGAUGAACGGGAUCGAGUACCGCAAUUCGACGCAGUUGCCAUCUACCGACACUGAACUAGCCGAAUGUCAAGUGUCGCACACAAUCGUCGAUGGGCUGGAGAACGCUGCGCUAACCAAGGACAUACAGGAGCUGUGGCCGUGCGAACUGCUCCAGUUCUGGCUGCACUUCGAGCCGUUCGUUCACUUCGUGCAGUGGUUGCUGCAUUACGGCACGGCGCUCAUCAUCAUCGUCGGCCUCGGCUGCAACAUACUGUCGCUGUGCGUCCUGUCGCAGAAGUCGAUGCGUAACUCGUCGUCGAACCUCUACCUGCGAAUGCUGGCCUUCUACGACUCACUGGCGCUCGUCAUGAACUUCAUGGUGGGCGUGCUACGCGGCCAGUACGAGUCGAUCAACCGCACCUACCAGGACAGCGAGCAUCUCUGCAAGGCGCAGGCCGUCUUCGUCGAGGUCUUCAACCUGCUCAGCGUCUGGAUCAUCGUCGCGUUCACGAUCGAACGCUACCUGCUCAUCGUCUACCCGCUCAAGUCGAAGCUAGUGACGUACGCGCGCACUCGCCUCACCGUCAUCGGCGUCUCCGUCGCCGUCAUCGCCUUCUCGAUGCACAAGAUCUUCAUCUCAGGCUUCGAGGGCGACAGCGUGUUCGGCUACAAGGCGUGCCGCACGAGCCGGAAGACGUACCGACAGGCGGUAUACUUCUACGUCGCCUUCAACACCUGGCUGCCGACGAUCAUCAUCUUCGCGCUGAACAUGCGCAUCCUGGUGCAGCUGCAAAAGAAUCGAUCCAAGCGCGCCGCGAUGACCAAUAACAGAAACGUGAAGCUGAAGGGCGACGACCGCGCUACCCGGCUGCUACUCACCGUCUCCUGCGUCUACUUGUUCCUCAUCUCGCCGCUAGGUGUCACGCAGACCAUCGAGCUCAUCUACAACUCCGUCGCGAAGGUUGCGCCAGGGCACGACGGCUACACGGGGUUCAUGAUUGGCAAGUUGCGUCUCAAGUGGACGCGCGCCUUCUUCUUCUUCUUCUAUCAGAUCAACUUUGCUAUUAACUUUUUCUUAUACGUCAGCACGUCCUCCGGCGAGCGCUUCCGACAGGGACUGCGAUUACUGUUCCGGCUCAAGCACGUGGUGAUGGAGGAAACUGCCAUCGUCAGUCAAUUUCCGUCAAAUCAACCGCCGACGUCGCAGCAGCCGGGACCGUCACGUGACUUGAAGCCCGUUCAGUCGGACUUGCCCAGCCAGGAAACGGAAGACGGCGGCUCGUCCUGCAAUCGCGUCCAUCCUCUCCAGCAGCCGCCUCGGUAGGAUAUCCGCCUAGACUGCUAUGGCGCUACUCUACAUAUUGCAAACGUCAAAAAAUUGUACCUCGUACACAGAUCAAAUACCCUCGUCCACGAAUCACUAUUCGAAUAUUCACGAUGAAUGCCAUUCAUUACCGUAUGUCUGUCAAAUCACUAUCUGUCAAAGAAUCUCAUAAUCGUGGUGCGGUCUGGUAUGCAAUAGAUUUCUUAAUAAAGCGUCGUGUCUGUAAUGAGUAAAUACACGUUUGUAAUGCUAUAAUUUGCACGCUGUGCAUGAUGAUGCUAUCUGGUAGCAUUCCUCUACUGAGGAGCUAUGAUUAAGUAUUUGUUUUUUUGCGGCAAUAACGUAAUAAAUAACGUAAUACCGCGUUAAUGUAGUAGUUUCAUGCCAAACAAAUACCAAAGCGGUGUAUCGUCGUCCAUGUCUCCCUAUCAUACAGUUCCAUAUAUAUUGAUUCUUGCAUGCAGUAAACAGCCUGUUGUAUUAUUAUAGACUGUGCUGACAGGAACCGUAUGACGUCGUCUACGUUCACUAUAUUGAAUAAAUACAUAAUUAAUUAAUUAUACACAUAUAUAUACACACAUGGCGCUUGCAUGUAUUUAUGUAUAAAUCGUAUUAAAAUAUAUUGACAGCUAUUUGCCCGUUUACAUGUGGUGUUGCAUGAGGCGUUGCA